UCUGGCAGAGGAAUGUGAAGUCGCUUAGGUCAGGUACAUAAGGGGGCCGCAGUGUUAAACUUGUAAUCGCAGCAGACUUGUUUAGUUGUCAUUCUCCCAUAGGCAGUGUCCGGCUCUGAAGCAUCAACGAGUCAAUACCUGCAGCCCUCAGUUUCAUGAUUCCUCUGGCCAAACACUCCUGUGAAUGCCGUGCGAUGUCGGCUAUUUCUUAGAUAUGUGGGAGGAACAGGACACCUAAAAACAGGCUUGGUGGCAUUCACUGUUUGUAGUCACAGCUGAAAUCAUCCAUCCCAGACGCUGACAACAGAUCUGCCGGCUACGCCCUGACAGGUUUUGUUUUUCCAGGAUUUUGACUAACAUAAUUUAUUGGAGCCAUCAUCAGCCAUCAGAGGGUGUGGGAGUACGAUGAAGGGGCCUGCUGCUGAUGACCUGGUACACAGUGGGAAGGAGAAACUGUUGACCAGCCCGCGGUAGAAGAAUGUGGCUAAGCUGUGGGGAGUGGUGGAUCGGCUCUGUGUGACCAGGAAAACAGACUGAGGGACUUUUGCUGCCUCUACUACUCUUGCAGUGCCUUAUUCUUGGAAGGCCACGUUGCAUCAGGUCUCCAUGGACUUGCGGGAGGACUCCGGCCACACCAUGUUGGGCCUGGACGCCCGACUGAGGGGCUUCCUGGAGCACGUGAACAGGCUGCAGGAGGCCAACCGGCGGCUGAACGCUCAGAUUGCCGACUGGGGUGUCAGGAGCACCUCACGCUCACAGGACUGGUCCCAGCAGGAGCAGACUGUUCAUGAGCUCCGUGCCCAGGUUGGUAAACUACUGAUGGAGAAUGCCCAGCUGGCUCUACAGUCUGACAGCAUGAAGUCCAGAGCUGCUGCCAUCCAGGCCAGAUGUGAGACGGAGGAGAGGAACACCAAGUGUCUGGAGCAACAGGUGGUCCUGCUCAGGCAAUCAAAGAGGAACGCAGAUCAGAACUGCAUGAAGCUGCAGGCGGACCUCCGGCACUCCAUGGCAGAGCUGCAGGAGAUGCACCAGGAGUUUGAGGCAGCCCGGGCUCUACAGCUGCAGCGGGCCAGCUCCUGCGAUGCUCUGUUAGUGACAGCCACAGCAGCAGCAGGACAGGAGGUGGAGGAUGGCACAGGGAUGGAGCUCACCCAGCUCCUCGACCAAAUCAGAGCGCAGUGCGAUCAGAGCCGACUUCCCAGCCCGGGAGAGAGACACCUCAGCCUGGGUACCGUGUCAAAUCCACUCCCCAGCCUGGUCGGGCCUAGCCGAGCUGGAGCAGCAGCAUCAUCCAGAACACACAGAGGAGCUCUCAGUGAGGAGGAGGCAGCGUGGGCGCAGGUGAGCCUCGGCAGCACUGCCUUGAGGGAGGCCCGGGCCGAGCUAGCUGAAGCCAGGAAGCAGUGGCACUCCCUGCAGGUGGAGAUUGAGACCCUACAUGCCUUGGAGAAAGGCCUUGAGAACUCCCUUCAGAACACCCAGCAGCUGUACUCCAGUCAGCUGCAGGACCUUUCCCAGGUGAUUGCUGGGCUGGAGAAUGAGCUCGAGCAGGUGAGGAGCGGACUGGCCACCCAGCGCCAGCGCCACAGCCAGCUCCUUAACACCAAGAUGAGGCUGGAGCGAGAGAUCACUACAUACCGACGUCUCCUGGAUAAUGAAGAGGGCAGGUACAUGGGUCGCACUGGGCAGCCAAUGAGUCUGCGGCCCUGGAGGUCUUUUGUGGAGGAGCCGAAGGAGAAUGGACUGGAGAACGGCUUCAGUGACCCUGCUGUCACUCCGGACGAACCCAAGUCAGAGCCCCUGCCUGAAAUACCUUCACUCUUCCCUGCAGACAACGGAAUAAAGAAAAGCAUACUGCACAGGCAGCAAAGCCUUGUUAUACUCACAGAGCCAGAGCAAGAUAAAGACUUGCCGAUCUCCACUGUGAAGACUCAGGAGAUUCUUCAGGGCAACGUGGUGCGAGAGAGUGCAGAGGGUCACGGUACCAUCGAGACAGAGAAGAUUGACAAGGUGAUAAAACAGUGGGAGGGCUCUUUCUUCAGAGGGAAUCCCAAGCUGCGGAAGAAGUCGGUGUCGCUGCGCUUCGACCUGCACAUGGCUGCAGCAGAUGAGGGGUGCUCCCAGACUAAACAGGACAGCCUCCCGGACGUGGAGGUGCGUCUCAUCAUGAAGAGAUCUCGCAGCAUCCCUACUAUCACACCGUAACUCUCUCACUGCUUCGCCAGAGUCAACAUUGGUUUGCAGCUGCAGAUGGGUAACACUGGUGAUGUUGAUGACACAGAUGUAACAUCUGUGUCAUCAACAUCUGCGAUAUUAGCGUCCAUGACCAUCACUUCCAGUGCUUAAGGAAUUUCAAAUGACAGCAUUCAUUAAAAUUUGUGUGACAACUGAUGACUGAAACUAUGAUUUCUCUCAUCAGAGCUUGACUCUGGCAGGAUAAGAAAUAUCUAUGGGGCCAUUUUAUUGUGUCAGAUCAAUUAGAUCAGACCUACAUUACAGGACAACAACAAUUUAAUAUGUCACCAUCUUUCUUCUGCAUCAGUCUUGAUGAAGAAAAAGCAUUUCUCAGCACUGUCAUUAUUUUAGUAUGAGGUCACUGGACAAAAGAGAUUAAACUGACCAUAUGACUCUGCUUACCUCCAGCAUUUCAUUUCAGUGGACACUUGGUGCAGGAGGCUGAGUGCACAGAUAGCUGGAGAUAAAUGUAGUCACAGGUCACUGUGAGCUGCCGUGAACUAUUUAAGGAUGGAUUAUUUCAUAUUUAUUCUUUUAGAUACUGUACAAAAAUCAUUUGGGCCGAGGGCGAGGGGGGUUCAGAAAGAGGGAGAAUUCUGACUUUAUUUCAGUAUUUGAACAUUAUCUCUCCAGUCAGCACUUGAAUUGUCACUGUCCAAAAUCACUUCCCACCUGGACUUUAUGCAUCACUCAUACACAACAGUAGUGUUAUAAAAGUACAUUAAAGUCAUAUUUGAUUAAAAGUAAAGAUAAUGUGCUAAAAUAUUACUCUGGCAAAAGUGCAAGUAAUCAUGUGAAUAAUACUGUAAGAUUAAGUAGAAAACCUAAAGGAUUUGAUUUUUACUUUACUCAAGUACCAAAAGUAAUUUUCUGGCAAUAAAUGUACCUAAGUAUCAAUAGAACAGGUUAAAGUCAAUUAGAAAUAUGUUUACAUGUACAUUAUAUACUGUGUACCAGGGGUUGACAUUAUGCAGCAUUUUUCUGAUCAUCUGUAUCUGUUUUUUUUUUCUUAUCUGAUUGCCAAUAAGAUACGUUAAUUUUAAAAUGUGCUACUUUGGCUCUGACACAGCAUGCAAUCUGCAAAGUAAUAGUAACUAAAGUUCAUCAAAUAAACGUAGUGGUGUAAAAAGUACAAUAUUUGCCUCCAAAAUUAAGUGGAGUAGUAAAAAUGUAAAAUAGCCAAAAAUGGAAAGUAGAAGUUAAAAACAAAAAAAAAAGUACAGCACUGAAGUAAAUGUACUUAGUUACAUUCCAUCACUGCUCAACAGAAAGAUGAACUGCAGUGAAAUGUGUAAAAAGGAAUAAAGACAAAAACAUAGACAAUAAAAGAUAUAACAUAACAUUUCUGCAUUUAAAGGUCUAAAAACAACUAGACCCUUGUCAUAUAUUUUGUCGAGUUGUGUACUUACAUCAUCUCAGAUGUUUACAAAAAUGUUCAAUCAAUCACAGUUUUUUUUUUUUAUUCAUUUCAUUAGUUCGCCUGUUCUUACAUUAUACCUUCUGGGUAAACAUCAGACAGUGAGGAAGGACGUCACAAACAUGACUUAGUACAUUUAAUACAUUGACACAUCUGUGAACAUUCCUGCCUGUCAAAAUUUACCACACCAUCUUAAAUUCUUAAUGCAACCUUAGGCAAAAUGUCAAUAGCAAUUCAAUGGUGAUAUAUUACUGUAGGAGUACUUGAGAGGGUGUUGGAGGUUUUCUUUUAGUCAAGGGGAGGAUCCAUUGAAAAUAUUAUAAACACUGGAGACUGACAAACCUUUCAAAAAAUGAGAAACGCAUUGAUCUUCAGACCCUAAUAAUUUCUGUACAGUCCCUAAAUGCUUGCACUGCAGACACAUAUAGCACUUAACAUUGAAGGUACUUUGUCACUGCAGCACAUUCUCUAUGUGGAGAAAAAUAAAAAAUGCCUUGCAACUCAAAAUGAUAAUGUAGCUAUAUUUCAUGAUGCAUUAUCUCUAAAAUCUUGUCACUGUGAUAUUAGCAGUGAACACUCACCGUGUGUCUCAGUGAAUUUAGAUUCCCUGUCUUAACCAGAGGAGGGCAGUAUUUGUAAAUAGUUAACACUGCAGUGUGUCCUCAGUACCCAGCUGGGGUUGUGUAGCACAUGCUAUCUGUUAUAUCUUAGAUCCAGACUUUUUAUGCUAAUUUGUUUUGAGUUGGCACCAAAGAUAUUACACUUAAAGGAAAAGGACCAUUGUGCAUUGCAUUUGGGUGCCUCAGAAUAUGUUGAGAAUAUUUAAAGACAUUAUCUAUGCAGUUCUGUGCUUGAUUUUGCUUUGCUUCAUGAAGCACACUCUUCAUUUUGGGAGCUUUGUAACUUCAAAAUUAAGCAUUAUGCCUUUAUCUAACAAUUUAUCAUUUAAAAUAAAAAAUGAAUUAUGUGCAGA